UUGCCGGCGACAGAUAUGGCGCUGCGCGAGGGAACCUAUCGCUUAAAACUGCUCGCCAGCAGUCGCAACGUCUACAAAUUCGCCUCGUUUGUCGGCGUGCGCUCCCUGACCGAAAACGCUUCGUCUAAACCUGUAACAAGCAGCCCCCCAGAGACCGCGGCCGACCAUUUACUGUACACCCGAGAGCACUUUGCACUGAAGGAGGCCCUCAGAAAGCUCAUCGACCAGGAGAUCAACCCUCAUGUGGAAAAGUGGGAAGCAGAAGGCAUUUUUCCAGCCCACAAAAUCUUCAAGAUCCUCGGGAGUGCCGGCUUUCUAGGAGUCAACAAACCAGUUGAAUAUGGAGGCCUGGGGCUUGACUACAGCUACAGUGUUGCUGUGGCAGAGGAGCUUGGCAACAUCAACUGUGGAGGCAUCCCCAUGGCCAUCGGUGUCCAGAGUGACAUGGCUACUCCAGCACUGGCCAGGUUUGGUUCGGAUUACCUUAAGAAGGAGUUCCUCCUUCCCUCCAUCAUGGGAGACAAAGUGGCCUGUCUAGGAGUUAGUGAAGUUGGGGCUGGCUCCGAUGUUUCAAGUAUCCUGACCAAGGCAGUCAAGAAGGGGGAUGAAUACGUGGUGAACGGAGGGAAGAUGUGGACCACCAACGGCACCCAGGCCGACUGGAUGUGUCUGCUGGCCAACACCAGCGACGGCCCCCCCCACAGGAACAAGUCUCUCUUCUGUUUGCCCAUGAACCUGCCAGGAGUGCACAUCGCCCGAAAGAUUGAUAAAAUGGGCAUGUGGUCAUCGGACACAGCCGAGGUGUUCUUCGACGACGUCCGCGUGCCGUGCGAGAACGUCAUCGGCCAGGAAGGCAUGGGCUUCACUUAUCAGAUGCUGCAGUUCCAGGAAGAGAGGCUGUGGGCGGUGGCCAACAUGGUGACCACAAUGGACAACAUCAUUCAGGAGACCAUAAAGUACACACGGCAGAGGAAGAUCUUCAAGCAGCCCGUCCUUUACCACCAGACCGUUCACUUCAGGCUGGCCGAGCUUCAGACGGAGGUGGAGCUGCUCCGCUCCCUCCUCUACCACGCCACAGCACUGUACAUCAAAGGCAAUGAUGUCACCAAGCUGGCAUCCAUGGCCAAACUAAAGGGGGGCCGUCUGGCUAGAGAACUGAGCGACAGCUGCCUUCAGUUCUGGGGAGGCAUGGGCUUCACCAGUGCCAUGCCGGUCAGCAGAUUCUACAGAGAUUCCAGGUUAAUGUCGAUUGGUGGGGGAGCUGACGAGGUGAUGCUGGGAAUCAUCUGCAAGUACAUGGACACAGUACCCAGGAAGUGA